UAUUUCUUUUCUUUUUGCAGGUUAAACCCAACCACAGUAAUGGCCGCGGCCUUACCCAGGACCCUGGGGGAGUUGCAGUUAUAUAGAAUAUUACAAAAAGCCAAUCUACUUUCUUAUUUUGAUGCCUUUAUCCAACAAGGUGGUGAUGAUGUCCAGCAACUCUGUGAAGCUGGAGAAGAGGAAUUUUUGGAAAUCAUGGCACUUGUGGGCAUGGCUAGUAAACCCCUUCACGUUAGAAGGCUACAGAAGGCUUUGAGAGACUGGGUUACAAACCCUGGCCUUUUUAAUCAGCCACUGACUUCCCUCCCUGUCAGUAGCAUACCCAUCUAUAAAUUGCCAGAAGGAUCUCCAACGUGGCUAGGAAUAACAUGCAGUAGCUAUGAAAGAAAUAGCAAUGCCCGGGAACCUCAUUUAAAAAUCCCCAAAUGUGCUGCCACCACCUGUGUGCAGAGCUUGGGACAGGGGAAGUCAGAUGUGGUGGGGAGCUUAGCACUGCAGAGUGCUGGUGAGUCCAGACUCUGGCAAGGCCACCAUGCCACUGAGAGCGAGCACAGUCUCUCCCCAGCAGACCUUGGCUCCCCAGCCUCCCCAAAGGAGAGCAGUGAGGCGCUGGAUGCUGCCGCUGCGCUGUCUGUGGCUGAGUGUGUGGAGCGAAUGGCCCCCACGCUGCCAAAAAGUGACUUGAAUGAAGUGAAAGAACUGCUAAAAUCCAACAAGAAGUUGGCCAAAAUGAUUGGUCACAUCUUUGAGAUGAGUGAUGACGAUCCGCACAAAGAGGAGGAAAUUAGAAAAUACAGUGCAAUAUAUGGCAGAUUUGACUCGAAGAGGAAGGAUGGCAAACAUCUCACACUUCACGAGCUCACUGUUAAUGAAGCGGCUGCUCAACUAUGUGUGAAGGAUAAUGCCCUGCUAACAAGAAGAGAUGAACUUUUUGCCCUGGCUAGGCAGAUUUCUCGAGAAGUCACAUAUAAAUAUACUUACAGAACCACAAAGUCAAAAUGUGGAGAAAGAGAUGAAUUAUCCCCGAAGAGGAUUAAAGUAGAGGAUGGGUUUCCAGACUUCCAGGAUUCCGUGCACACACUCUUCCAGCAGGCUAGGGCGAAGAGUGAAGAACUUGCCGCUCUUAGUUCACAGCCUGAAAAGGUGAUGGCAAAGCAGAUGGAGUUCCUUUGCACCCAAGCUGGCUAUGAGAGACUGCAGCAUGCUGAAAGACGACUGUCUACAGGACUUUACAGGCAAAGUUCGGAGGAGCACAGCCCUAAUGGCUUGACUUCUGAUAACUCAGAUGGACAAGGAGAAAGACCUUUGAAUCUCCGAAUGCCUAAUUUGCAGAACAGACAACCCCAUCAUUUUGUGGUGGAUGGGGAGCUGAGCAGACUUUACUCCAGUGAGGCAAAGUCCCACUCAUCAGAGAGCCUUGGGAUUUUAAAAGACUACCCUCACUCAGCAUUUACCUUAGAAAAGAAAGUCAUCAAAACAGAGCCCGAAGAUUCAAGAUAGCUGUGAUUCUCCCACUAUUCUCUGGAGAUGGCAUCAGAUUUAAGGAUAAUGCUCCAUCAUUGAAAUAAGCCUUAAUAACCAAUGUUGCCUCAUUCAGCUCAAACAGAUUUCAUAGCCAAAGCAUAAGGACUGGUACAAUAGUCUGUAUAAAUCAGGAAAAUAAAACAACAGCCACAAAAGAGAAGACAGAGAGUUGCAAUCUGUAGUAGAAAUACUGAUUCAUUCACAUUCCUGUGUAAGUCAUUUUAUGUAGAAAGGCUUACAGAUUAAUAUUGUAAGCAUUCAUUAUUUAAGAAUGUACAAUGUAUUUGUGUAAUUUAUAGAAGUAAAAUCUAGAUGUUGAGACCUGUUUUGGCCCAAUAGAUGUGGAUACAGUUUAUUUUACUUGAAAUUUUGUUGUCUACUUUAAGUGUGUUUAGCAUAAAUAUCAUUAUACAACAGUUUAGAAUCUUUGCAGUUAUAAAGAAAGCUUAAGAGACUUAGUUAUUGGCAGGCUGGCAGAAUGGAAAGCAAAUACUCAAUUUAAACAAAGGAAAAUAGCUGUGG